AUGUCUCGGGUUGACGAUUUACCAUAUUCUAGGCCACCAAAACAGAAAGCUUUGCAUCAAAAAGCUUCCACGGCAUCUCAUUUACAAUUGAAAGAUCCCAGCAAUCGAAUUAAGGGGUCUUUUCCAGCACAAACAGCACAGAAGGCUUCCAAAAGAAGUUUGAAAAAUGAACCAUCCAUAGUGUUUCAGCAGCCAGAAAGGUCGAAUUCGGAUUCAUUGCCAGAUUCAUCAUCUGCAUCUGGGAAUGAGUACCGUGCCUUAAGAAGAAAAUACUUACUCCUGGAGGAAGAGAGCUUUACUUUGGGAGCAGAACUGAAAGAAGUUGAAGAUGAAGUAAAGACCCUAGAAGAAGAAAAGCUUGGUCUCUUGGAUGAACUUCUUGUUUUAGAAGGACUAAUAGAUCGUUCAGAAUUGCAGCUUGCUCAUUCAAAUUUACCACAUCUUUAG